GCAUCUCAGCCAAGUAAUUUGCCUACCGCACACCAGUCGCUUCAAAAUCAGAGCUCCCUCUGUUUCGUCGGUCUACAAUCUCUCGUCGCUGCCUUGUUCCUCUGCUGCGGUAGCGAUUCUCAUUCUGCAUAUGGGUAUGUAUAUACUCGAGAAAUAUCCCAAUUGGCACUCAGUACUUUAGCUUCUAAAAGAUUGCUGGGAAUAUGGAGCCUGCUUCUAAUGGAGAGGAACCCACUUCGUGGGAAGAGCUUUACAAUAUCAAUUUGAUGCCAUCUGAGCUGUUUUUCAAGUUUAGAAAGGAAAUUGAGGGGCUUCGAGUUGGAGUAAAUUUAGAGUUCUACAAUGCUCCCAUCAAUGAUUUCCAAGCCAAGAUUGUUCUGAAACCUUUAUCCCCUGAACGGCGGUGGAAGUUCAUAUAUGAGCCUAUUCAUAAGGAUGUGCGUGUUCUUUCCAAGAAGAUUCCUAUAACCAAAUUUCUAAAUCUCCAGGUUGGUAUUGGCCAUAAUUUUCAGUUGCAAGCUACUGGCUGGAAUUGGAAGCUAACUACAUGCUUAGGCGGCGAUGGUGUAUCUCGUAUUCGGAAUAAGACAUCACUUGGGUUGUUCCCUGGCAUGGAUUUACGGUUUGGUUGGAGGGCAGAUUAUGUUUUCCCAGAAAUUUCGGGGGCACUGGGUACCGGUGAGCCAUUGUUCAACUUGAGUACAGGGCGAUUGCAAGCGUCUCUGGAUAGAGUGGAAACCAUUGUAACCCACACAUCAUGACUAUAGCAAGUUCAAAAGGUUGUAUCCCCUCUUUAUCAAUUCUGCUAAUUGUUUGAGUUUUCAUAGAUAAUGAAAUACUUUAUUUAUAGUCUCUCACUACAUUAAUGAGCAUUUCUCUUGUUCUCUCUCUCUCCUCCAGUCUUUUAUUUAUAUUACGAAUUAUUUAGGAGUUAAAUAAAGAUCCAAGUGUGCUUCACUUGUUGUAUUUCUGUUCAAAUCUCUCUUACAUGAUAAAUGUGUAUAUCUUAUUUUCAUCUCUUGUGCCUAUUGAGAAUCUCAUCAUUCUGUGGUUUCCAAUUGUCUCUCCUAACCUAAAUUCUUGUGAAAAUUUUCCCAAGGGACUCCAGCUGAUAAUAAAUUGGAAAAUUUUUAUGUUCAUUCUCUAAAUAGUUUUACAAUACUCCACUUUCAAAUUUUUGUUAUCAAACUUUGUUGUUCCACAGGUCUGGCAAGAAAAAGGUAUGCAACUUUGAAAUUCUAUGGUGGGAAAGACCAUAAUCAUACAUUCCAUUGAGAGGUGGGAUAUUUGAAAGUCUUGUGGUCCUUCAACUUCAAUGUUAGGAUCAGAUGGCUAUUAAUUGGAAGGUAUGAGUACAGGAGCCUUAUUAGAACAGUUCCAGUUCCUCUCACAGAGUCCAGCCCAUGUUGUUUUAGUUCUUGUUUAUUUUUUGGGUAUUUUCUGUUUGGAGUAUAAUUUGAUUUGCACAUGUGAGUGCGGCUGAGCUUCUCCAAGGGGAUUCCCGUCUUACUAUUUUACAGCCCUGAUCCAGGAUGAUUCUUUAAUGGAAAAUUUGCUGUGCCCUCUUCUGAUAAAUUUAUAGGAGAGAAACCUGAAAUUGUGCCAA